GUGGGCGGAGCUUUCCACUGGUCCCUUCCGCAGCCGAGAUGGCCAAGCUCAAGUGUCUUUCUGCUUUUACCCCAGGAAGCAUAAUUUAGAGCGAAAGGGGGACGCCGUAGUCACGUCAAUUACUUCCCAAGUCAAUGUCAAAGUCCCAGGACCUAGACGGGGGCACACCGUUACGUCGAUAUAAACGCGAAUUCUCACCUGACCAAACUAACACGACUUGACAUUGCGAGGUUAGCGCAUUGACUCCCAAGUUUGUUUGCGCCUAACCGAGACUGUUAACACAGCACACCCUCGGUAAGUCUCUUUGGAAUUUACUAACACCAUGACUUGGCAGUGCCAUGAGACUUGAUAACGGAGGUGCUGAUAGCAGCGGAAAGACACUUUCCCCUCUGCCGUAAGCUAUUUAACAUGGAUAGCUGAAAAUUGCGGUGGCACUGUCUGUGUCCCCCAAAUAAUUCCCAAAGUGAGAAUUAUUUUGUUGUUGUUGACAGUUCAUUCCGGAAUUAUUUUGCUACUGCCCCGAAUGUAACCUGAACCGUCAGCAUAUAGUAAAUACACUUCAUUGAGGGAUUUAUACCUGGCCCCAAAUCCUCAAACUGAAUACGGUAUACUAUUCAUAUAGAACAGUAGCGGAACACUGUUUUGUCUUUUAGCCUCAGCAUGGGUAUUAAAAUAAAUGUGACUUGUACUAUUUCAUACAUCCUACUGGACAUCAUUAUCGCCACACUCUUAUAUAUUCACGGAACACAGUUUAACAUUUUUCUAGAAGAUGGUUUGAACUUUAGCAUUCUGCAGUCGGCAUUGGACAUCUGGGGGACUGUGCUGCUUCGAGCUUCUCUCCUCCUGGGUGCCUCCAUUGGAGUCUUAUGGAACAGAGAAGAUGGCCCACACACGGUGGCUAAACUCACCACCCUCAUCCUCUUAGUCUGCCAGACUAUUAUUACAUAUACUCUAGCCAAGCUGCUGAUGCUGAGUGAACUUGAGUCAUUAUCUCAUCGUCCUUGGUCUUUGAGUCUGAUUUGCUGGACCUGUUUCUCCUCGUUGGCAGUUCUGGGGCUGUGGUGGGUUCUAGGAAAGGAAAAUAGCAGUGAACCGGGACAUUGUGACGACACUGAGAACUUGCUUCAGCCAGAUGGUGAAGAGGAGGAGGAAGAUGGGGUACGCAGUGAGAGGAGGAACAAUUGUGAGAAGAAAGAAACAGAGAAGACCACCACAGGAGCUACACUGGGUCGUCUACUGAGCUACACGAAACAAGAUGGUGGACUGUUAACUGUAGCUAUUAUCUUCCUUGUCAUUUCUGCUGUGUGUGAAGCCUUCAUACCUUACUACUAUGGGAAGGCGAUAGAUAGCAUUGUGGUUCACCAUAGCAUGGAAUACUUUGCUAAACCUGCCAUCACACUCUCAGUCUUGGCCUUCACCAGUUCAAUUGCAAUUGGAGUGCGUGGAGGAGUGUUUACACUCACAUUUGCACGAUUGAAUCUUCGGUUCAGGAACCACCUCUUUAGAACUCUGAUGAGGCAGGAUAUUGGCUUUUUUGAUGAGAACCAUACAGGUGACAUCACGUCACGUCUGUCAGCUGACACCACCCAAGUGAGUGACCUCAUCUCCCAGAACAUUAACGUGUUCUUGAGGAGCACCAUCAAGGCUGUUGGGUUUCUCAUUUUCAUGUUUGGAAUGUCCUGGAAGCUAACAUUAGUGAACAUGAUGGGACUUCCUUUUAUUGCCCUUCUUUCUGAGUAUUAUGGAAAUUACUACAAGAAACUAACUAAAGAGGUGCAAACAACUCUUGCAAAGGCUAACAAAGUUGCGGAAGAAACCAUUUCAGCUAUGAAGACAGUACGAAGCUUUGCCAACGAGCAUCGAGAGGCUGACUCCUACUACGACAAGCUGGUUGUCAUGUACCAUCUCAACAAGAAACAAGCCCUGGCAUAUGCUUGCUAUAUGUGGUCCAGUUGUAUAUCAGAGCUUGCUCUGGAGGUUACCAUUCUCGCCUACGGUGGCCACCUUGUGGUGACUGGUCAGAUGGAAAGCAGCCAGUUGUUAUCAUUUUUCAUAUACAUGCUUGAAAUGGGGGAAUGUUUGGCGAACAUUGCAUCAGUUUACUCAGGGCUCAUGCAGGGCGUAGGAGCUGCUGAAAAGGUUUUCGAGUACUUGGACAGAAAACCCAAACACCCACCUGAUGGUACAGAUACUCUGGAGUCAUUCACUGGUCUGGUAGAUUUUCAAGACAUCACAUUUGCUUACCCUACUCGGCCAGAGAUUGAAAUCCUCAAGGGAGUGUCAUUCACUCUAAAGCCUGGCGAGGUUACCGCCCUGGUUGGACCGUCAGGCAGUGGCAAGAGCUCCUGUGUCAACCUAUUGGAAAACUUCUAUGUUCCCCAGCAUGGUCAAGUCCUGCUGGACGGAAAGCCUGUUCACACCUUCCAGCAUGGAGACCUCCAUUCUCGGGUGGCGCUUGUAGGCCAAGAACCAGUUCUUUUUGCCCGAACAAUCGAGGAGAACAUCACUUAUGGUCUGACUGAUGUCCCCGUGGAGGCUGUCAUACAGGCAGCCACAAAGGCGAAUGCUCAUGAUUUCAUCAUCGCCCUGCCCCAAGGCUAUCAAACAAGUGUUGGAGAGAAAGGCGCACAGUUGUCAGGUGGGCAAAAACAAAGAGUGGCCAUUGCAAGAGCUCUUGUCCGACAACCUCGUGUUCUUAUCUUGGAUGAGGCGACCAGUGCCUUGGAUGCAGAGAGUGAACAUUUUGUACAGCAAGCGCUGAACAACAUCAUGAGGGAGCACACAGUGUUAGUUGUUGCACAUCGGCUCAGCACCGUGGAGAGGGCAGACAGCAUCAUUGUGAUCGAUAAGGGCCGUGUGGCUGAACAGGGAUCUCACGGUCAGCUGAUGGCCAGUGGGGGGUUGUACUACAAACUGGUCCAGCGACAGGUUCUGGGCAUUGAGACAGGGGAUGAAGUACUAAAUCUUUCAGAGAAUUCCUCCUGGAAGCCUGAUGGAGGACACCAGCGUAGCAGACAAAGCAGCAGUGCAAGUGAGCAAGAGUACAGCCCUCGCUAUUGAGAAUAAACUGUGUGGAAAUGUUUUUUGUUAUUGAAUAUCCAUCAUCCACUUUCAACACCGCUUAUCCUGGUUAGGGUCACGGGGUGCUGGAGCCUAUCCCAGCUGACUUCGGGCAAAAACACCCUGAAUUGGUCGCCAGUCAGUCGCAGGGGACAUAUAGACACGGACAACCAUUUGCACACAGAUUUACACCGUCACUGAGUAGGAACUGAACCCAUGCUGCCUGCACCAAAGUCAGGCGAGUGUACCACUGCACCAUCAGUGACUGGUUAUUGAAUACUGCAUCAAAUAUAUACAUAAUCUUAACAAUAAUACUGUGGAAAAAGUAUUUGCCCCUUCCUGAUUUCAUUUAAAAAAACAAAUUUUUAACAUAAAUCCAACCAAUUCCAAUCCUCCAAAGACAGCCCAAAUAAUUGCAAAAUGCAGUUUCUAAAUUAAAAUUGUAUUUUUUAAGAAACCUAUCCAAACCUAUCUGGCCCUUUGUAAAAAAGUAAUUGCCAGUUUUGUCAAAUGAAUAAAUCACGUAAAUAGUACCUGUAAAACAACGUGAACUGGGCUGUGAGAUCUAAAGAAUCAGUCGUGGUACAAUCCAAAGAAAUCAAGAACACAUGAGGAACAAAGUAAUCAGUCUGUAGUAGUCUGGUUUUGGGACUCCAGUGACCCAUUUGGAGCAAUUACCCACAAAUGGAGAAAACUAGGAAUGGUGAACCUUCUCAGGAGUGGUCGGCCAUACAGAAUUACUCCAGGAGUGCAACAACGAUUUGUCCAAGGGGUCCUAAAUGAACCCAAAAUGACAUCUAAAGAACUGCAGGCGUCAUUGCCACUCAACUAUAAAAUAGUCACUUGGCUAAAAUGGGAUCCAUGGGAGAGUUCCAAGGUGAAAACUACUGCUGACAACGAACAAAGGCUUCCCUCCCAUUUACCCAAACAAAUUGAUGACCCCUAAAUAAUCUGUAGACUGGACAACUUGCUGUGAUUAUUGGAACAAUUCUGUAUACUAAUAAAUCAUAAAGGUGAACGUCCGGCUAUCUCUUCAUACCCUCAAGUGCCCUUGGGUUAUGCAGUAAAGAAAAUCUAAAAUCAACCAGUAAAUCCACCUGAAUGACAAGAAAAAUGAGGUGCUGUGCUAUGACCUUAACUGCAGUUCAUGCCCAGAAACCCUAAUUAACUAAAUUAAAACAAUUCUGCAAAGAGGAUUGAGCCAAAAUUGUUCUCCAGUGAUGCAAAAAACUCAUCAGUUAUUGCAAACUCUUGAUUUCAGUUAUUGCUGUCAAGGCCGGCACAACAGGUUAUUAGGUUCAGGACAUAGGGCAAGAUAGAUUUUGAUUAUUUUUCCUUAAUAAAUAAAAUUAUUUAAAAACAGAAUUUUACAUUUGGAUUGUCUUUGUGAAAUAUUAAAAUCAGCAUGAUGAUCUGAGAUAUUUUAGUGUGAUAAAUACGCAAAACAAACAAACAAAAACAAAAAACAAGCAGGAGCGGCGAAGCUUUCACAGCACUAUAUACAUUAUUGUUUAAAUAGAAUUUAUGCCAUGUGGAAUUAACAUUAGUGCACGAGAUAACUAAGUUAAAUAAGGUUGUGUUUGUAUCUUGACUAUAAUUUCUAUACCUCAAUAAUUGAGAAUUUUGAUCUUGGGUUUCCGACUCCAGUGUAAUUUGCUGAGUCAGUAACUGUAAUUUUCCUAUUAUUGCACUCAUUUAUUACAUUGUGAUAUAUGGUACAUGUAGCCAUGUCAGGACUUGAUCAGCUAUUAGACACUUUAUUCAUACUCAUCAUAUGCUAGACAUAGCAUUGAUGAUACUCAAUUUCUUCAAAUCAUUACCCAUCGCAUUAUAUCCUUUCUGGACAAUUCCUGUGCCCUUGCCACUUGUGGUAGCAUGAGGUGGUAUCUGCAACCUGCAAAUGUGCUGUGACCAGGAGUUUUGCUGUAUCUUCCAGCACUGUGUCAGUAGUGUGGAAGAGAGGUGGAGGGGAUCGUUGGAAGGCAACGCUGAAUCAAGAGUAGCUCAAAUACUGGUUUCCUCUUUAUCCAAUGAAGAACAGUCUACCAGCAAGCCACUUGUAUGCGAUCCUGCCAAAACUGUCAAGAGUCCAUGAGGGCCUGACAUCCACAGGAGAGGCCACAAUGGGCUCUUGGUUCCAUCUUUAACUUGACUAUGUCAGUUCUUGUGGUUGGAGUGUAUCAGCAGUUUCUUGAUGACAAAGGCAUUGAUGCUAUACUGGCCCACCCAUUCUCCAGACCUGAAUCCAAUCGAUUCUCAUCACUGACUAGUGAUCCAGGUCUGGAAGGCCCCUGGCCAGGACCAUAAGUAGUCUUGUCAGGAGCAAGUCCAUAUGGUGUAGGAAGAGUACACAGGCACGUGAAUGCUCCACACUGAUCAACAUCUCCCGUUUUAUUUUGAAUAUGAUCCUGAACUACUUUGUUCUAAGAAAAUAUGUUCUGAAAAAAAUGUAUUCAAUAAA